GCAGGUGAAGGCGGCGCGGCGGACUGGAGGGGGAAGUGUUGUCACUGUGUCUCCAGCUCUCCUCCAGCAGCCAUGGCCGGGAUUAAAGCUCUCAUCAGUCUGUCCUUCGGAGGGGCCAUUGGUCUCAUGUUCCUCAUGCUUGGAUGUGCCCUCCCUGUGUACGACAAAUACUGGCCUUUGUUCCUCCUCUUCUUCUACAUCCUCUCUCCGAUCCCUUACUGCAUCUCGCGGAGGGUGAUUGACGACACAGACUCGGCCAGUAACGCCUGCAAAGAGCUGGCCAUCUUCCUCACGACGGGCAUCGUCAUUUCAGCCUUCGGCCUGCCCGUCGUCUUCGCAAGAGCUGAAGUUAUUGCCUGGGGGGCGUGUGCGCUUGUGCUAACGGGUAACAUAGUCAUCUUCGGGACCAUCCUGGGCUUCUUCCUCGUCUUCGGAUCCAACGACGACUUCAGCUGGCAGCAGUGAGAAUCAUGAGUUUCCACUGCGUUGAGAGCACGUCCACACUACUACACCUGAACUCUGCUGCAGGCGUUCCUGCUGUCCUCACUACCCCGGAGUUCUAGAGCCGCUUAAAUGGAGACGUUUGGAAACUCUGCUGGUUGUUUUCAUUUGACCUUGUCUUUUAUUUCCACACACAACCUUCAGACCUUUUUUAAAUGUAAUUUUAAAAUGUGAUCGUUCUCUGUGUUUCUCGUGACAUGAAACACGGAGGCGGUUGUUUGUUUCCUCUCCGCUCAGAGAAGAGGAUCAUAUUCAGACAGGCCACUGCAGAGAUCAAAUUUAACUGACUCGGUGAUUUCCCAGGUGCCGACAGGAUGCAGGCUGCUUAUUCAUUCGUGUUGCUUUGCAUCUGAUAGCGCUCACUUCCCCAAACGCCUGAGUUAGCCGCGCAGUGUCAGGUCAAGAGAGCAACGAAAGAGCCAGUAGUAGCUUCCAGCUAGCGUAGGAUAAGCUGGAGGGCAGCGGCCAAGCAGCGGUAAGACCUGGGCUACUUAUAAAGACGGCCUGGUCAGCCGCUAACGGCCCCUAAGCUUUUAAAUGUGACUCCCCUGACUGGACUCCUUCAAAAUAAGAGAAUCCAGACUCCAUGUUCGUCAUUGAUUUAAAACAUUAGGUCCAGAUUCUGAGUUCAUGCUGUCGCUUUUACCUCACACCAGCAUUUCCCCCCGGAAUUAAAAACACAAGUUAUGUUUCAAUUAUUUCUUUUUAAUUUUCAAGUUUUUUGUUUUUAUUUCCUCGCCCUGUGUGAAGGAGAUGUGUAUGUCGGUUUGUUAAAUCUGUUCUGGGAUCAGGUCGGUGUCGUUAUGUUUAAUUGAAUUAGCGUCGGCUAAACACGGAUUUAAGCUUCUGCUGCCUCGUCUAAGCGCUGAGCGUCGAACAUGUUAGACUUUUGUUUCUGUGGAUGUUUGUUUGGAAACGUGUUCUCUGGAAGAUAAAGAGUUUUUUUUAUUAUUUUGUCCUUUUCAAUAAGUCUUUGUCACUUUGGGCUGCAACUAAUUCAUUUGCAGAUCAUUUUUUUCGAUCAGUUGAUUUUAUAAAUUGGUCCAUAAAACAUCUACUUUCAAACCACAGAGCACAAGGUGACGUCAAAUAUUUAAUCGACUUUCAUUUUAGACGAAGAAAAUCAGCAAAUUCUCACAUUUUAGAAAUCGGAGAAAUCAAUUUUUAACGACAAUGUUGCUUGAUAAAUGUCAAACGAUGAAUCGAUCACCGAAACAGUUGCUCAAUUAAGUGAUUAAUCGUUGCAGCUCUAGAUUAUAUUUUUGUAGUUGGGUUUCCACACACAGCAGAUUUCCAAUGGAAGUUUUGUAUUGUGUUGAAGACGCUCACAGUUUUCACUGAUUCUGUCCCACAGUUACUGUAACAUCUCAAAUGUUUAACCCUCUUUCUAUGAUUUUAAAAAGCACUCAUUCAUUUUUACAAAACUUGCUUUAAAGGUGUAGUUGAAAAUCAGGGUAAAUACAGGAUGUUUAUUCACUUUGAUGCUGAGGAGGAGACGUCGGUGCAGGUGGGAGCCGGGAGGCGAUUAAAGUUAAAAACUCUCAAACUUAAAUCCCUUCAGUUCACAUGUGUUAUCUAAUCUGUUAAAUUAAUACAGAAAUUUAAAUGUUAAAACUGACAUUUUGUGGUUUUAGAGUAAACCAUUAUUUAUCAAGAAGUUGUUUGAGUACAAUUACCAACGAGCCACAACGUUAAAAGUGGAAACUGUUUUAUAUGUUGUGGUUAAUAAGUGUAUUUCACUUUAACUACAAAGUAAGUUUCAUGUCACUCAAAGUUUUGACUUUCUGCCUCUGUCAUAUUGUAUCAAGAGGAACAAAAAGAAAAUUUGUUAAAACUAUGUAAAACUUUAACGUUUCUGUAUGUAAAUAAAAACCCACGACUCCAACUCUGACCUGACGGCUGCUUCUCAGCACGAUGAACCGGCGCCAAGCGUCCACGCCGCGUUGUAACGUUUCCUGUGUGGCACCUGAUUCUUCCAGAGAUCAUAACCUCAGCGAAGGCAUUGAUUGUAUUAAAAAUGGCGGGUUUUUUGAUUUCUGUCGAAAACAACCAGUAUUUAAAUGUUGAAAACUACUGACAUGAUUUGUGCAUGUUUUUUUAUUAUUUAUGUGACACCACUUUGAAUCUAAAAGAAAAAAAGCUCUUAACAGUAGGUUGACCCUCUGGUGGUCGGUGAGCCCGUCUGUGAGCAGGGUGACUCCAUGUUGUUUCCUGAGGCGUGAACGUCCGUUUGAAUUUAACGCUUCGUUCUCUGACUUUCUGUUUCGUUUCUGAAUUAUCUCCCUGAUGUGAGUUCCUCUCUGUUUCUGUUCUGAGCACAGAUUUGUUCUUUCUCACACAUUUGGGAGGAUGCUGUAUUUAUUUAUUUGAACGGAUGCUUUGCCAUUUUCUAUUUACAACUUUUGUGUUAAUGAAGCAGAAGUCAACGGGGUGGUUUUCCUUUCUUUCUUUUCUUUUCUUUUUUAAAUAAACGCCAUUUCUGAA